AAAGGGUCAGCUCAACCCUCUUCAACAUAAAAACAAAGCAAUUUCUCAUUUUCCUUCUCAAUUAUCCUUUCUAUAUCUCAAAAAUUCGUACUUAAAAAAAUAAUAGAAUUUGCUAAUUUUGAAGAAUUUUCGAGUUUGCGUUGCAUCUUCAGUAAAUUUUUACCAGGUUGAUAUUUUAACAGAUACAAGCUGUUAAGUGCGACUUGUGCUUAUAGCAGGUAAUGAUAGCCAUAUAGUAUGGAAUCACACAAUCUGUAUGGAUAUGGUGCGACUGAUGUGAAUUUGCCAUAUUCUUACUCUAUGACUACUACCCCUUCGAUACCUAAUAGGCUGUUGGGAAUAUUGAAAUUUGAUUCGGGAAAUUCUCCGAAUUCUCCAUUUGCAAACUAUAAUGAUCCUGGUACCCCUACCACAUUAAGUGAUAGCCUGGAGCAACACAGCUCUACUGAAAAUAUUUCAGGGACUAGUCCUUGCAGUAAUUCCUCGCGGGAUUAUAAUCAUUAUUUCUGUAGGCCUAGUCCCUCUCCAGAUAUCCACCAUAACAAUCUUCUGGUUUAUUCUGGUGAUAAUUCUUUACUCCAGUAUGCAAAUCACAGUCACAACAUGAAACAUGCGCUGCUUCAAUUAGAGACCGCUUUAAUGGGGCCAGAAGAAGUCACAACAUCCAGCCCCUCUGCAGGGGAAAUUCAGCAGCCACAAGCAUCAGGUGGUCAGAGGUCCGGUAUGUGGCACCAAGAUGGCCAGGUUCCAUAUCGAAUUGAAACACAGCCAUCACAUGUUUCUGUUUUUGGCAUAUCAGGGGAUAUAAUUCAAAGUGAGGAGCAUCACAAACCGAUGGUGGAUUAUCCGUCGCAGGGGAUUCCUUUUGGCAACCUAAAGGAGCUGCUUAUCGCGUGUGCCAGAGCUCUUGCUGAGAACAACUUGGAUGAUUUUGAAAAAUUGAUUGCCAAGGCAAGAAGUGCUGUGUCCAUUACUGGUGAUCCAAUCCAGCGUCUCGGUGCUUACAUCGUAGAAGGGCUAGUAGCAAGAAAAGAAGCAUCCGGAACCAACAUAUACAGGGCUCUCAGAUGUAAGGAACCAGCAGGCUGGGACUUGCUUUCCUACAUGCAUAUCUUAUAUGAGAUAUGCCCUUAUCUAAAGUUCGGUUACAUGGCUGCAAAUGGUGCAAUAGCAGAUGCGUGUAGAAAUGAAAAUCGCAUUCACAUUAUAGACUUCCAAAUUGCACAAGGGACUCAAUGGCUGACUCUUCUUCAAGCUCUUGCGGCCAGGCCAAGCGGUGCACCUUAUGUACGUAUUACAGGUAUUGAUGAUCCAGUUUCAAAAUACGCCCGAGGAGAUGGAUUGGCCGUAGUGGGAAAAAAGCUCGCAGCAAUUUCUGAGAAAUUCAACAUUCCUGUUGAGUUUCAUGCUGUACCAGUUUUUGCUCCUGAAGUCACCAGGGACAUGCUUGAUGUGAGGCCUGGUGAGGCUCUGGCAGUAAACUUCCCUUUGACACUUCACCACACACCUGAUGAGAGCGUUGACGUGACUAAUCCAAGGGAUGAGCUUCUAAGGAUGGUGAAGUCAUUUUCUCCAAAGGUGGUCACGUUGGUGGAACAAGAAUCAAACACAAACACCGCCCCCUUUUUCCCUCGAUUUCAAGAAGCUCUAGACUACUAUUCUGCAAUGUUCGAGUCCAUAGAUGUGACAUUAGAAAGGGACAGGAAGGAAAGAAUCAACGUGGAGCAGCAUUGUUUGGCAAGGGAUAUAGUUAACGUCAUAGCAUGUGAGGGCAUGGAAAGAGUGGAACGCCACGAGCUAUUAGGGAAAUGGAAAUUGAGGUUCACAAUGGCAGGGUUCCACCAGUAUCCUCUGAGCUCUUACGUGAAUUCAGUGAUAAAGAGCCUCAUGAGGUGCUACUCAGAACAUUAUACACUGGUGGAGAAAGAUGGAGCUAUGUUGUUGGGAUGGAAAAAGAGGAACCUAAUCUCUGCAUCAGCUUGGCACUGAAGAAAAUUACGAAAGGACAGCCUGGUGGACUAAGCUCUCGGGGUCUAGCGAAGAUCUAGUUUAGCAAAUAACUAAGUAUGUAAGUUCAGUAAGUGGAGAAAGCAGCAGAUGAAAUAGCCUUUCUUUCAUGUUAUGUAGUUUCACUCUUCCAUAGAUAAUUUCAUGUAUCAAAAUGUUUGUCCCUUUAAUUUGGAAUUUUUCUUGCAUGAUCUUC